UAAAUUAUUUCUCCUUUCUGCUCUGCUUUAUUUCACGUUUGCUUUCGGUGAGGGGAAUUGCGUGGUCAUUCCAUCCGGAGAAAAAUUCCAUUUGUAAGUGUAGGCUAUAGCUCCUGGUUACUGUAAUGAAAGAACGACCACUGUAAUUUAUCAAAAUAAUCUUGAUUAAAUCAAGAAACUGUUGAUCUUUGUUGUUUAUUCCGGGUUUGUCCCGGAGACGAGCACAUUAGCCAAUACAAGAUGGCUCUAGUUUAGAGCCUGAUCGAGUUUAGCAGGCUAUUUCCUCAGUAUUUGGAAUGCAGGGGUGGUGCUAGACUGGAAUGCUCAUGCCCACUGUUGAAAUAAAAGGUCCCUUGCUAAAUUUGUAGGCUUUGCUUCCACUUUAAUAUUGGAGAGCUGAAGCGUCAACAUGGUGAACUGCUGUGGUCUGGUUACGGUCAAGAAUGAGCCAGUUCCUCUGAAGGGCGCGGCGGUGGAUGUGUGUGUGCAGGGACAUGUAGCCACAGUGACCUCCACUCUGCUGUAUGUGAAUGGAGAAGAGCGCCCCCUGGAGGCUGUGUUUGUGUUCCCCCUACCUGGAGAAUGUGCCCUCUGCCACUUCAGUGCCAAAUUAGGAGACACAGAGGUGGUGGCAAAGCUGCAGGACAAACAGAAGGCACGGGAGCAGUAUGAUGAUGCGUUGAGCUCAGGCCAUCAGGCUUUCCUGCUGGAGGAGAGUGAUCAGAGCCCAGACGUGUUCCAGGUGAACGUGGGCAGCCUGCCUCCAGGAGAGAGCGCUGCCAUCACUCUGGUCUACAUCUCAGAGCUGGCCAUGCAAGCUGAUGACGCCCUGCUCUUCUGUCUGCCUGCUGUGCUCAACCCCCGCUACACACCCCAGGAAAUGGACAGGAGUAAAAUGGCCACUGUUACAUCAGUCCCAGCUGGUAGGGUGCCCUACACUUUGGCUCUGAGUGCUCACCUAUCCUCCCCCCAGCCCAUCUCUAAAGUGGAGUCCAACUGUGCUCUGGAGCCACUGGUUUACCUAAACGCAGACAAAACACAGGCAACGGUGAGUCUCUCUUCAGGCCACGUGUUUGAUCGGGAUGUGGAGCUGUUGCUGUAUUACCAGGAUGCUCAUAAGCCCACUGCCAUAGUGGAGGGUGGACAGGACAGUACUGAGCCAGGCUCUUUCAUGGGUGACCAUGUAGUUAUGCUCAGCUUUUACCCAGAGUUCCCUGCUGCAGUAACAUCCUCACUUUCCACUUGUGGAGAGUUUAUUUUUGUGGUGGACCGAUCAGGCAGUAUGGACUGCAGAAUGCACUCAGGAAAAGACGCAAAGAUGCGCAUCGAGAGUGCCAGGGACACACUACUCCUUCUCUUGAAGAGCCUUCCCAUGGGCUGCUUUUUCAACAUCUACGGCUUUGGAUCCCAUUUUGAAAGUUUCUUCCCGAAGAGUGUGGAAUACAAACAGAAGACUGUGGAGGAGGCUCUUAAGAAAGUAAAGGGAAUCAGUGCAGACAUGGAUGGCACUGACAUUUUGGAGCCUCUGAAACACCUCUACAGCCAGCCCUGCAUUCCCAGUCACCCCAGACAGCUCUUCAUUUUCACUGAUGGAGAAGUGGGAAACACUAAGCAGGUUUUGGACUUGGUGAAGCUGAAUGUCAAUUCUCACCGGUGCUUCUCUUUUGGUAUCGGAGAGGGCGCCAGCACUGCUUUAAUCAAUGGCUUAGCCCAGGAGGGCUCUGGGCAUGCUCAGUUCAUCACCGGAACAGACCGCAUGCAGCCCAAGGUGAUGCAGUCUCUCCGCUAUGCACUGCAGCCAGCAGUGAAGGACAUCUCUGUUGACUGGGACCUUCCAGAUGCUGUGUCAGUCACCACUUUGUCUCCUCCACUCAAAGUGCUCUUCCAUGGCCAAAGGGCUCUGCUGUAUGCUCAGCUCAAGGGAGAGAGUGACUCUCCACCGGCUGGGGGCUCGGGCCCUGAUUCGCUCGCUGGAGGUGGAGGAGAGGGCAGGAGGGCCAGAGGCGGCGGCCCUGAGAGAGAAGCUGCUGCAGCUCAGCCUGCAGUCUGGAGUCAGCAGCACACACACUGCCUUCAUCGCCAUCCACAAGGGCAGCGGACAGGCUGUGCAGGGACCAUUGCUCCGCAGAACCAUACCAACCCCAAGUAACAUGACGUGUGAUUUAAGGGGAAUGGCUCUUGGUUUGGGUGCACCUAUCCAUGUGGAUGCACCAAUGGCCAGACGGGCCCCAAUUCUAAGGGG